GAUUGGCUACCUGUUGCUUUCACCUUCGGGUGCUGUAUAAGUAAAAAUCAGUGGUUAUUGUCAAACAUUAGCCUGGAAUAUCACAGAAUUGACACCAGAAACAGCGAUGGCAAGUCACGGCAAAAUACAGUCCGGAAAUGUGGAGAAUGACAGCGCAUUAGCCGGACAGUCAGCUGGAGACAACAUAACAGAGACUGAUGCCAUUAAUCGAAGUGUAUUUACAAUGGAUCCUAAUGAGGAGUAUAAGAUGACCCAAAAGAGACGAGGACUCGCUCUUAUCUUCAACCAUGAAAAUUUCUUUUGGCAACUCAUGUUUAAACCCCGCUCUGGCACCACUGCAGACAGAGAGAACCUCAAGGGAAGACUUAAAGAGCUGGGCUUUGAAGUAAUGGCUUUUAAUGAUUAUAAACGUGCUCAGGUUUUGGAAGAACUCAACAAAGCUGCUGCCGCAAAUCAUGUGGAUGCCGACUGUUUAGUCUGCGUCUUUUUAAGUCAUGGAGAAAAUGGCCACAUCUAUGCUUAUGAUGCCAAGAUUGAUGUUGAGGAAAUCACUGAUCUGUUUAAGGGGAAUAAGUGUCGUAGCCUAGCAGGGAAACCCAAAAUCUUUAUCUUACAGGCUUGUCGUGGUGACAAACACGAUGAUCCAGUGGUGCCAAUGGAUGUGACGGACAGUGAAAUAGUGAAUGAGGUGGAAGUGGAUGCAGGGGCGCUAUAUACUCUUCCAGCAGGGGCAGAUUUCAUUAUGUGCUACUCAGUGGCUGAAGGGUACUACUCUCACCGUGAGGUCGUAAGGGGCUCGUGGUACAUUCAGGAUCUGUGUGAAAUCCUAAAACGCUACGGUUCCACAGCGGAGUUCACUGAGCUCUUGACGCUUGUUAACAGAAAAGUUUCCUACCGCAGUGUGGACAACUGCAACGAUCGCAGCGCUAUAGGGAAAAAGCAGGUGCCUUGUUUUGCAUCCAUGCUCACUAAGAAACUGUUUUUCAGGCCUAAAAAAGAAUAGAAUAAUUGAAAAAAAUGGAGCCAUGACAACAGUUAUCGAUUCAGGGGUUUUUCAUUGUUAUUUUUUUUUUUAAUUCCUUGUGAUCUUAUCUACAUUUUUUAAAUUUUCUCCAUCAUAGUAAGGUGGUUUUACUUGUUUUAGCCUAGAGGUUUGACAGGGUUAGGGUAACAAACAAUUGUCCAAGUUUUUAUGUUUAUAUUUUAGUACUCAGAUGUUUUUCCGUAAUUUAAAAAUCGCAUAUUUGUAAGUGCAAUGUACCAGAAUAUAUCAAGAACAAAAUUAGUUCCCACUUGAUUUUAGAUAUAUUUAAAUACUGUGAACUUACACCGAUUGAGUACAUACUUGUUGUGGAAUUGUACUUGCAUUUAAAGUAUCUGCUUGUAAAACCAGAAAUAUAAAGUGUUUUCAAGGAGCCUGCAAGCCAAGGUAAAAUAACUAACAGUCAUUUCUACAGAAACUGAAAGGGCCCUUCAUAUACCGUGUUGAUGAUACUUUGAUAAUCUAUUCAUUACGUGGUAGUACCUUGUUUUUAGGCUGAAAGACAGAAAAUACAAGAACAUCCAGUUACACAGCUAAAUAUCUUGAAAAUCUCUGAACGCAUACUGACAUCAUUACCAGAUAUUUAUACACACUAGUACACUACUUAGUCAUUUCCAUUGUCAAUGAAUUUAUGUUUUUUGACUGUACUUUGAAUCUAUGUCUUAAAUGUGUAAAGGUCACUUACAUAUUCAGAGAUACAGAGAGUAAUUUCUUUGCACGGACCAAUACAAUACAAUUUCUUGUGCGUGUUGUGACACUUAUCUUUUGACCUGUUAUCUUGUCUGGCAUGUUUUAGUACAUUUUGUAAAGAAUAAAAAUAAUUAUGAAUGACAAACUGAAUGUUUGUCUAGAAAGAGUCACUAUUUCACCUGGUGCUGUAUAUGAUAAACACAUUAAUUUUGCCCUCUUGUUGUAAAACACUACUUUUGUAGCAUUUGUUGAACAAAUUGUCAAACUGUUUAUAUCCCUAUACUAAAUAAGUUACGUACUUAAUGUCUAUUUGAAUGUCAGAGAAAGCACAAAAAUGUGAAUAUCAUGUGUUCUUUGCUUUGGUACUUCCCCCAAUACAUUUACUCAUUUAAUUCCUGUUUAAACAUGUAUCAUUGAAAUUUGCAUGAAAUAAACAAUAAUUUAAUGCCAACAA